ACACAGUUUCGAGUAGCGGAGCGGAACGGUGUGGGAAGGGUUUCUCCGUGCAAUUGCAUCGUUUCGAGUUGCGGAGCGGAACAGUGUGGGAAAGAGUUCUCCGUAUGCGAACGGAGGAACUUGCUACAGCAGUUUGAUAAGGUGGGAGUAACUCUAAAUAUCUCGAAGUCAAGGUGGUCAUCUUCAACACAAACUUUUCUUGCGCACUUACCUACUUGUAGCUUGACCAGCAUGACUUUGUCUAUAAUUUUUUUCAUGCAGGUCUGUCGUUAACAGUCUCCGAAGUUUGCGAGAUGGGUUGCUGUUCGGUCUUUCGCAUGAAGGUCGACUUUGUAGGCGAUUAUACGAACAAGAGGCACUUUUAUGAGUCUUUUGCAUGAAGACCGACUGAAUAAGCGAUAUAAAGAGGGCGAGUACUUGGAUUGGAUUGCGGAGUAUCAUCAGCGCCAUCCAAGAGGUCUAUGAAGAUGGGUCUGAGCGUGCUUUUCUUCAGCAUACGAACGACACAGGCGGUACUUUAUUACGUACGACUAGGAGUUGUUUAUCUUCAUUCUAGCACUGUUCUCUCCGCUUCGAAGCUUAUAUAUUAUCUACAACUAGGACCAGUAAUUAUGAUGGAUUUUAUUUCAUUUCAUAUUGAAUCGAUUACUACCGGAAGGCUAUCACCUCCUACAAGUUGACUGAUAAUCUUACUGCGAUUUCGUAUAGGUGCCAUGCUGUGGAGUUUUCACAGGCCAGGCAUCCAAAACCUAACCUACCUCCUCCUCGUCCUCCUCCAUGUACGAGAAAUAUCUCUCGACCUGUUCUUCAGGCAGUCUUGGAGACACGAAUUCCAGAGUCAGCAAGGGCGUUGCGCCACAGGACAGACAAGGUGCUAUUUUCGCACAGUGUACUCGCACCCGAGGCUAGGAUGUUUGUAAGUGAAUUUCAUAUCCUCGUGUGCGAGUACACUGUGCGAAAGUUGGACAGUGAAUUUCACAAUUUCUUCCUUAGUGCCAGUGCUCCUGAAAGUACUGCUUUUCCUAGCUACUCGCUCUUUCCAACUAGUGAUUGAGUUUCCAAGAAAGGUUUAGGACUAGUAGUUUUGUAACAUCGUUAUAUAUUACGACAACGACAUCUUGACGAACAGGAUUCACGUCAAAUGAUCCUAUGAAGAAUCUCUCAAAAACCGAAACCGUUGACCCUCGAAUUUCGCAAUUUCUUCCUAGGCGUUUUCGCUGAGCAAGACCCUUUGGGGAAUUCCAUUUCUAAGUGGGUUGGGCGAUGGCUUCCCCUAUCAUCGAGUAUGUUGCUGUGACUCGUCAGGCGAUAGCAUCGUUUCAUCGGAGCGGUGUGAGGAAGAUUUGUUCUCUCCAACAUUCCUAGUACGUCUGUUUCGCAUCCUUCGCUCUCUCUCUCUUCACAGGAUCGAUAGGAACAGUGAAAACGAGGAGUUGCUUCGUCACCGAAAUUAGGACGGAAAGAGGGGUCUUCUACUCGUGGACGAGUGUUUCUGCUACUUAUCUUCCCGAGAAUGACAACUCUUACAAACGAAAGAAAUUACAUCUGAUGAUCUAGCAAAUAGAAAAACAAACAGACCACACACCUUGCUAUUACAUUUACUCUUCAGAGAACCUAGUAACAAUGUGACGACCACGCUCGUGCUUUCAUUUGCUUAGUACUAGUAGCAAUGAAUAGGAGGCUCUUAUUGUGCCUGGUAUACUUACCCGAUAAAAAAACGUCGAAAAUAUGAAGGACAAAGACAGAAGUCUGUUGCUGUGGAUGAGGAAGAGCAAGAUAUAGUUGUAAUAUGUCUGCAUUCUCAACAAUGCUGGUCUUAAUGAUUUGUCCUUCUUGCAGCUCUGCACACUCAGACUCUAGUUUAUUGAUUCAUGCUUUCACACCUAUAAUUGCUAUUCUCACGAAAGAUUAUUUACCAUACCUAGUAUUCAUCUUCCUGCUUUUGAAGAUCAAGAUGCAACCCUUCCUUCCCUCUUGCCAAUGCAGCUCCUCUCAGAAUUACAACCAGUACCUCCGUCAUGUAUCAAUAAUGUUUCAUGUAGCCCCCCCCUCAAAAACGCAAUAUAUCUCCUCCCUCCCGCGGGUAUCGAUACCAUGAACCGUCACGACUUAAUAGUUCGAAAGCAGCAAUAGAUGUUGAU